AGUUAAUGGUGGUUCAUGAUCGUUUGGUCGUUCUAUGUAGUCAAUGACUGUUCUGUUGGGUAAUUGGUUUUUCGGAAAAAAGAACAUUUUUAGGAAAGUGUAUUUUUGAGGUAAAAAAGAAUGGCACAGAUACCAUCGGAAUUAAUUUCUCAUAGCAGAAGAGUAUGCAGACUUUAUAAACGUGUUUUGCGAUCCUUAGGAGACUAUCAUCACGACAGACUUGAUCUUAGGUAUGAAUCAGUUUUAAUGAGACAACGUUUCGAGGAGAAUCGAAAUAUACGUGAUGCUCGUAUUGCAAAACAAAUUCUAUUAGAUGCUGAAGAAACUCUAUUCAAAACAAUGCAUUGGCAGCCAAAAAAGUUUGCUAAUUCCGUAGGCGGAGUAGCUUACGAACGCGAGAUUCUUCCUCCAGAUUCUGUACUUGACUAUUGGGAUCCAAUGGAAAAGGCUCAAUAUCCAAAAUAUUUUGCACGCAGAGAGGAGCUCAAGAAGGAGUAUGAGGAGCUCUAUAAUAAGAUGUUUCCUGAAAUUCCUAAAACUGCUGCAGAUAAAUAGAUGUUCACAGUGGAAUACAUUAAUACUUUUAUGGUUACAAUAGUUAUAUGUAAUAUUUAUGUAAAUAUACGUAAACAUGCAUUAUAAAUAGUAA